UUUGACGCUAGUCCUCCGAAUACUUUACUCCAAAUUAACUAUUUAACCCCUGAAAUCCGUCGUAUAUCAUGAUGCGGCCCCAAGAACGUUUACUUAAACUCACAACCGUUUUGUGGAGACAUUAAUAAAACAGUGGAUCAUCUCGAAUUCGCAGGAUCCACGAAGUGAAGUUUGGACUUAAAAAGGUUAUUGGAUUACAAGGAUAUCUCAGAACUCAUCAUGCCGAAGGGCCUGCACUCACCGCUGCCCGCAUCUUUGCGAAGCGAAUGCGAAAAAGCCAGCAUGAUUCUUGAAUCAUUCAUCACUCCAUCUAUCACAGGCAAUCCGGGCGCGGCACUUCCUCGCCAACUCGCGAAUGCCAAGGGCUUCGUGAUCCUAACUGGCUUCAGAGCCUCAAUGCUAGGUUCUCUUCGAGUCGGUUCGGGACUCGUAAUCUCUCGUCUAGACGAUGGCACCUGGUCGGCUCCAUCUGCCGUGACAAUGUUUGGGGGCGGAUUUGGGGGCCAAAUCGGGUUCGAACUGACAGAUUUCGUCUUCAUCCUCACCACCAGCGGCGCCGUGCGAGAUUUCGCACAAGUAGCGAACUUCGCUUUGAGCACUCACUUAUCAGUCGCCUUGGGUCCAGUUGGAAGAAGCGCUGAGAUCACCGCAGUCGCGAGUCACAAGGGCGUUUCGCCUAUGUUUGCGUAUUCCAAGACCAAGGGGCUGUAUGCUGGGCUCGCUGCCGAGGGGAGCUUUUACAUCCAACUCACGCCGACUAAUAAGAGACUCUACAAGAGAAAAGUGACGGCGCGGCAAUUGCUCAGUGGGGAGAUCCCUGCGCCACCCGAGGCAGAGUCGCUCAUGCGUGUCUUAUCCUCGGAGGCGUUUUCUCCUCGAUCAGAACCGGUGUCAGCAGUGACUGGAACGAGAGAAAUAUCUAAGAGCACGCAUACGCCGGAUUUGGCUGGGAAUCAGGAGCCAGUACCGGAAUUGCAAUCGCAUGCGCUCAUGCCACAAUUGCCUACCUUCGACAGGCAAAUAUCAGAAUUGUCUGCGGACACCCAACCAUACGAGCUAGAAGCUGUACCGCCAACAGAGCCUCACUCUGUUGCAGCACCAACGCCAACCGAGAAUCAGAACGUCUCUUCAAAGACCUCAGCCGGAGAAAAGGCUGCAGUGCAACCUGAAGUGACAUCUCAACCGCCUAUCGAAGUCUCAUCCUAGGAGGAUCAAACGGAGACACAUAAUCUCCUGUCUUUCCAAUCCUCUAAUGCGCUAAUCAUUAAUAAACAAACAUAUGGUCGAAUCAUUGCGAGACCAAUG